AUGAGUCCCUUCUUUGUGAUGUCUCUCCUCCUUGGCCUGAUUUUUGGACAAACAGCAUCACUCUGUGCUCCUUCUGAGUACACAAUCCAUGUGGAGAAAAGGGAAUGUGCCUAUUGCCUGGCCAUCAACACCACCAUCUGCGCUGGAUUCUGCAUGACUCGGGACAGCAAUGGCAAGAAGCUGCUCCUCAGGAGUGCUCUGUCCCAGAACGUGUGCACCUACAAAGAGAUGCUGUACCGGACAGCGCUGAUCCCAGGCUGCCCUCACCACACCAUCCCCUACUACUCCUACCCCGUGGCUGUGAGCUGCAAGUGUGGCAAGUGCAACACUGACUACAGUGACUGUGUCCGUGAGAGGGUCAGGACAAACUACUGCACUAAGCCACAGAAGCUCUGUAACCUGUAA